AUGUCUCAACCAACAGAUAAGAGAUUGUGCUUUCUAACAGCAUCAGAAAUGUUAGAAAGGUUUCGUUCACUUUCCCUCUCUCCAAAAGAUGUAAUUCUCGAUGUUUUGAAUAGAAUUGAACAAUUAAAUGAUCGUGCCAAUGCUUACUGUUACGUUGAAAAGAGAGAAACUUUGAUCAAAUUGGCAGAAGAAUCCGAAGCAAGAUAUCAAAAGAAUAUUGCACUUCCAAUGGAUGGUAUCCCAAUUUCUGUCAAGGAUUUAUUCAUGGUCAAGGGAAUGCCAUCUUUCUUUGGUUCGAAAGCUUACUCCACUCAACGUCAAGAAGAUUUUGACAGGAAAAAUAACACAACACAAGAUGAAAGAGCUCUCAUUGAUGUAAUCGAUUCUCCAAGUGUUGAACAUGCUAGAAAUGCUGGUUGUAUCAUUUUGGGUAAAGUAACUAGUCCAGAAUUUGGAUGGCAAGGUGUCACUCUUUCACCAAUGACAGGUGUCACGCCAAAUCCUUUUAAUUUCAAAUUGAGUGGAGGUGGAAGUUCAGGAGGAAGUAAUUGUGUCAUGUUGGGAAUGGGGCCUUUGAGCAUUGGAUCAGAUGGAGCUGGAAGUGCUAGAAUUCCUUGUGCAUUUUCAAAUGUUUCGUCUAUUAAGGCAACUGUUUCUGUAGUGCCACACUAUCCAGCUUCUCCAUUAGGAACUUUGGCUAACGUGUGUCCUAUGGCUACAACCAUUCGAGAUGCCGCACUAUUUUUGGAUAUCAUAGGACAACCACAUCCUUCAGAUCCGUUAUCGAUUCAUCCUUCCAGAUUUGAAAAUGCAAACGAUUAUCAUGAUUUCAAAGAUUCUUCCCAUGAAAAGAGAAAAUUCUCCACUCAACUCGAUACUGGAAUUAAGGGUUUGAGAAUUGGUUUGAAUUUCUCCCUCUCAACCUAUUGUGAUCCUAAAAUUGAGGAAUCUGUUAGAAAGGCAGCCAAAAUAUUGGAAAAUCUUGGAGCUAUCGUUGAGGAAGUUCCACUUCUCCCAUUCCAAAAGGAGAAGCUUGAUGUUUUUGGAACAUUUAAGAUUUUGUGGUGUACGGGAUGUAAGGCAAUGGUAGAGAAGAGGAUUCGUCCAGAGUAUCGUCACUUGGUUGAUCCAAAUUUGAUGGAUGCUGCCUCGAGAGGAGAGAAAUAUAGUGCCUAUGAUUUUAUUAGCUCUGAAAUGGUGAGAACGACCAUGUCUUCCCUAAUGAAUACUCAAUUCUUUAAUAGAUAUGAUCUAUUGAUUACACCAACACUUCCAAUUACUCCUUUUGAAGCUCAUUUGGAAACAAUUCCAGAUGAAAAUAUUCGAAAGCUCUUGUGUGGAUUUGGUAAUUCAACCAACACAAUUAUGAAACCAUCUGAUUCUCCAUUCUUUGAGGAAGAAUAUGAUCCAAUGAGAUGGUGGAUGUUCUGUCAAUAUACAUAUCCAUUCAAUUUGAUGAAAUUACCCGCUUCAAACGUUCCAUGUGAUAAAUAUGUUGGCUUGCAAGUGAUUGGACCUGAGUAUGGAGAAAGUUUAGUCUUACGUGUUGCUAAUGAAUUUCAAAAGAGUAUUGAUUUGGAAUUCUUGAAAGAUUUAUCAAAGAAUACCUUCACUGAUUAA